CAGUGAUCUACUGCUGCUGCCCUCUAACAGACCGAAAGCUACCUGAGCAAGUCCUACUUUGUUUAUGUCACAUAGCUAGCUAGCUAGCUACAUAGCUUGCUAACUGACAGCUUCAAGAGUGCUGUUUUCUUACGAACGUUCGCUACACCGAUGCAUACAUUUCUACCGUAGAAGUUAAAUCUAGAUGUACAGGAUCUGGGUUUGAUCGGUGGCAGGGCUGAGAUGUUUUGUUGAAUGAAGGAGCGAACGCCCUGGUGCCGUUAGGAGAAUGAACUCCAUCACCGGUCGGGAUCACCCUGUCAACUCUGGAGCUUCAUCUUCUCGAGCCUUGCACGUUGAGCUCACAUCUCAGCAGAGGCGGUUACGUCAUCUCAGAAGCAUUGCAGCCCGCAACAUUGUCAACAAGAAUGGCUCUCCCCUACUGGACACAUAUUUUACCCUUCAUCUCUGCUUAGAGGACCGGAUAUCCAGAGACUUUUACAAGAGUGAGGUCAUCCGAGAUUCAUUGAAUCCAACAUGGCGGAGCCUGGAUUUUGGCAUGCUGCCGGACCUCCUGGACACGUCUGUGUCCUGCUUUGUGGUGAAGAUCUGGGGUGGCCGAGAGGAACAGUUCAUACUUCUCAUAGAGUGGAAGGUCAACCUGGACGGGCUUAGAUACACAGGGCAACAGAUCCGCUCCAGGAAUCCAAAUGAGAUCAUAUUUGGAUUGAAUGAUGGCUACUAUGCAGCUGACUUUGAUCAUAAGGACCACUCUGAGAGGAAGAAGAACAGUUUACUGCAGGUGGACCAGAGUUCAGUGAGGAACUCCUACAGUGUCUUCUCUCUGCUGAGGCUCCACACGGCCCAGAGAGCCAUCAAGCAGACCCAGGUGACCGUGCAGAAGAUUGGCAAGGAUAUUGAGGAGAAACUGAGGACGACAACGGCCUGCACCAAGCGUAAGAAGGAGCGGGAGUGCAUGCAGCUGCGUCUGGGAACGCUACGCAGUGAGCUGGAGAGACAGAGGAAAGCGCUGGGCCGGGAGACAGACCUGCGGCAGAAGGAGAGAGCAGUGCUUCAGAAGAAAGAGGAAGCAUUCUCCACCAAACACCGGAGUCUGGAGCUUGAGAGGGAGUCGUUAACAGAGCAGCAGAAAGAAUGCACUGCCAAAAGGGAGCUGUUCCUCAAGUCCAAUGCUCAGCUCACCUUCCGUUGUCGUCAGCUCCUCUCUGAGCUGUCCUACAUCUACCCCAUCGACUUGGUCACCACGGCCGCUAAUCAGUCCGAUUAUGUCAUCUGUGGAGUGAAGCUGCCCAACUCGGAGGAUUUCCAAGCGAAGGAUGAUGGGAGCGUGGCGGUUGCCCUGGGUUACACGGCCCACCUGGUGCUGAUGAUCAGCUGCUUCUUGCAGAUCCCUCUUAGGUAUCCUGUCAUCCACAAGGGUUCCCGCUCCUCCAUCAAGGACACCAUCACAGACAAGCUCAGCGAGAAGGAGAGAGAAUUCCCCCUGUACCCUCGAGGAGAACGCUUUCAGUUUGAAUAUGGAGUCUACCUGAUCAACAAGAACAUCGCCCAGCUGAGAUACCAGCAUGGCCUGUCCACUCCAGACCUCCGUCAGACCCUGCCCAACCUCAAGAACUUCCUGGAGCAUGGCCUUCUAGUCCGAUGUGACCGGCACCAUGUCUCCAGCUCCAUCCCGGUCCCGACAGGAGCCAAGUCUCAGCUCAGUGUCUCGGCUGCGUCCGAAGUGGGCUUCCCCAGCCACACCAGCUCUCCAGAUCCGGGCUCACUGAGGAAAAGGGCCAGUUCCGAGGCAGACAAGCAGAAAUACAAGGCCUCCCCUCCUCCCAGCUACGACACGACCAUGUCCAUGGACCAGCCCCAGAGUGCACCGCCUGACCCCAACCCCUCUCCCAAGCACUUGUCCUCCUCCCUGGACUCUAGCAUUGACCUGGCCAAGACUCUGGAGGUUCAGGGACCAGCCCUGGGGGAGGGAGAACGAGAGGUAGAAAGAGAGGUAAAGGUGGUUGUGGAGGAGCAAGAGCAACAGCCCUCCAGCACUACUACAGGAGGCUCAGAUUCCCCCACUCCGGCUAGAAGCACCACCAGUGAGCAGCAUGCAGACCAUACCAUGAACGGCUCAGUAGUGCCAGGCGAGGGGCUGGGGGGGCCCGCAGCAGGGCUAAUGUUGACCAUAGCAUUAAACCCAGAGAUGUGCUGCUCAGUGGAGCAGGCAGAGGAGAUUAUGGGGACAGAGGCCACAGGCCUGGGUUUAGGGAUGGGCCUUGUGGAUGGGGCCAGGCUGGAGGACUACCCUUGCAUCCCCGUGGAGCACGCCGUGGCCGUGGAGUGUGACGAGCAGGUUCUGGGCGAGCUGGAUGCCGCCGGCUUCGAGGAGUUCUCCCGCCGCAUCUAUGCACUAAACGAGAACAUGUCCAGCUUCCGCAGGCCACGCAAGAACUCUGAGAAGUGAGGUCCUGUGGGACCUUAGGGGUGAGGACAGGAGUCACAUGGCACAUGAGUCAGGGACAUGAACAUAGUGCAGGGGGGGGGGUCCUGUGUGUGUGCUUUGGUGUGAUUGUCCCUCUCCCCAAGCAGCAAUAGAAAAACAAACAUAGGCGCUAAAUUAUCUGGAAUGAUGACCAAUUUGCACUUCUUCUCAAAAAAUAUUUCUAUAAUCCUUUAAAUGAAAUAAAGCGAAUGUUUGUGAUUGAAACGCUUCCUGGGCCUUCUUCUUUCAGGGUGCAUGGCAGUGUUGUGAGAUGGAGAUUGUGUGUGUGUGUGUGUGUGUGUGUGGUAACUACACACAUAAAAUGCAUCCUUCCUUGAAGUAAGCAGUGAUCUAACAUGAGUGGGUUCAUGAAAGCUAUAGUGGAGUCCCUACUUGUACCUGUACAGUCCUGCUAAAUCAGUAAUGGCUUAAAGGGAAUGAGGAAGGAAAGGUUAAUUAGAACAGAGCCAAAGUCUUCAGCAUGGCUGACAGAGGAAAUGACUUACAGCAAAGACCUAUCCCACCUCUGACCUCUGUCACAUAUUAGGAAACCGACCAGUCACUAGGCCAGGGCAGCUUAGACCGUUGACCGACAGCUGCCCUGUCUCUAUCUCCAGGGGCCAUCACUGUUCUGUUCUGGUUGAGAAGAGAAAAGAAAAGAGAGGAGCGAAGCUAGGCAGGCUUGAGCUCAUGGCACAUGGCAGGGAUACAGUGCAAUUUUUCUGGCUUUCUCCUCCAUACCUGCUUUCUCCUUAUUUGACUAUUUUAAUAAGCACCAUUGAUAUAAGUAUUCAUAUGAAGUCCAAUUAUCCAGAUAUUAUUCAAUAGACCAAAACAUGAAUGAUGUGUACUGUAUGCUGUUGAAAUGUUGCACUCAGGCCCUACAUAUUAAUGACACAUAAUGACCUUUUUACAUUUUAGUCCGCUUAUCUAUUUUGUCUGCUUUCUUUUUCUUUUCCCUGUUGAGACACUUUUUGUUUUCUUGCGUUGGUGUCCAUUGGCCACUAUGUGUGUUAUUUAUGUCUCUCACUGCAUUUGUUUGUUUGCUUGUUUUAAAGGAAAUCAUGGUUUCUCUUUUCCUCUCAUGGGCAGUCAGUCAUUCAUUGAUAUUGUCAAGUGUUAAUGGUCAUCAGCCCUGGGUUCAAAUCUUUCAAAUACGUACAUAAUAAUCUGGAUCUAACUGUGUCCCCUCUGGAAAGGACCAGAGAUCCCUGUAGACAGAAGCUGAUAUGGACAACUGAUUUGCAUACUGCCCACCAUAUACAGCAUAGAUGGAUUUGGAACAAGCCCCCUAAAAACAUCCCUUUUUUGGGGGGGGGGGGUGUAUUAUGAUCAAGUACUGUGGUGGAUGUUGAAAUGUAUUGUAUUUAAAAUGAGAGAUUAAACCAUUGUAGGUCAUUUCCAUUAAAUGCUAUACAGCAUGUGACCUUGUACAUAUACUUUUGUAUGGAGAGUUUUUUGUUAAUAAAGACUUACAGUCCAAUAGCAUGGAUGUAUGUAGCCCCGUUUA